GGCGCUUCUGCUAUUCAGCCGGUGCGCGCGGCGGCGGGAGACGGCGUCCGGGGAGUCCUCUCGACGCUCGUUCCUGAGAGCGUGCCCAGGACCGCCGGCUCUGACCAGGGACAGCCGUGUAGGCAAACGGAAGCUGCGGACAGCCGGGACUAGAGGCUGGCGCCCGAGCUCCGCGGGCGGGAAGCACCCAGGAUUGGGGAAGCCCCGGGAGCAGCGCGGCGGCGCCUCCGUCACCCAAGGGGCCGCGGCGACGGUCACGGGGCGCGGCGCUAGCGUGCGCGACCCAGGCCAGGAUUCCAAACAGGCGGCCCAGGCUCCUCCUCCGCCCGCGCAGCCUCACCUGCGGGCUUUGGCGCACCGCCUCCGCCGGUGUAGACGGCACCUGCGCCGCCGAGCCUGCGGGUCUCCGCCCCUCGCCGCCGCCACCCCCCUGACGGCGCCAGGCCCGGGCGGUUCACCUGGACCGGCGGCGCGGGCUGCGGGAGCCGGAGCGCGGGGUGCACCGCGCCGUCGCCACCACCCGGAGAGGACGCAGGUGGAGCGGGCGCGGCUGCGUGCAACCGGCGCUCCCGCCGCCGUCGUCCCAGCCGCCACCGGGUCCUGGGGACCUCGGCGCCCGCCUCGGGGAGUAGCUGCCGCCGCCGGCUGGGCACCAUGAACAGCAGCAGCGCCAACAUCACCUACGCCAGUCGCAAGCGGCGGAAGCCGGUGCAGAAAACAGUAAAGCCAAUCCCUGCUGAAGGAGUCAAGUCAAAUCCUUCCAAGCGACAUAGAGACCGCCUUAAUACAGAGUUGGACCGUUUGGCUAGCCUGCUACCUUUUCCACAAGAUAUUAUAAAUAAGCUGGACAAACUUUCAGUUCUUAGGCUCAGUGUCAGUUACCUGAGAGCCAAGAGCUUCUUUGAUGUUGCAUUAAAAUCCUCCCCUGCUGACAGAAAUGGAGGCCAGGAUAACAGUAGAACAAAUUUCAGAGAAGGCCUGAAUUUGCAAGAAGGAGAGUUAUUAUUACAGGCUCUGAAUGGCUUUGUAUUAGUUGUCACUACGGAUGCUUUGGUCUUUUAUGCUUCUUCUACAAUACAAGAUUACCUAGGAUUUCAGCAGUCUGAUGUCAUACAUCAGAGCGUGUAUGAACUUAUCCAUACCGAAGACCGGGCUGAAUUUCAGCGUCAGCUGCACUGGACAUUAAAUCCUUCACAGUGCCCAGACUCUGGACAAAGAAUUGAUGAAGCUCAUGGUCUCUCACAGCCAGGAAUCUGUUACAACCCAGACUCGCUUCUUCCAGAAAAUUCUUCUUUUAGGGAGAGGAGCUUCAUAUGCCGACUGAGGUGUCUGCUGGACAAUUCAUCUGGUUUUCUGGCAAUGAAUUUCCAAGGGAGGUUAAAGUAUCUUCAUGGACAGAAAAAGAAAGGGAAAGAUGGAUCAAUACUUCCACCUCAGUUGGCUUUGUUUGCAAUAGCUACUCCACUUCAGCCACCAUCCAUACUUGAAAUCCGAACCAAAAAUUUCAUCUUUAGAACCAAACACAGACUAGACUUUACGCCCACUGGUUGUGAUGCUAAAGGAAGGAUUGUUUUAGGAUAUACUGAAGAAGAGCUGUGCACAAGUGGCUCAGGGUAUCAAUUUGUUCAUGCUGCUGAUAUGCUUUACUGUGCCGAGUCCCAUCUCCGGAUGAUUAAGACUGGAGAAAGUGGCAUGAUAGUGUUCAGGCUUCUGACGAAAAACAAUCGAUGGACAUGGCUCCAGUCUAAUGCACGUUUAGUUUAUAAAAAUGGAAGGCCAGAUUAUAUCAUUGCAACUCAGAGACCUCUAACAGAAGAAGAAGGAGCAGAGCAUUUGCAAAAACGAAAUACAAAGUUGCCUUUUAUGUUCACCACUGGAGAAGCUGUGUUGUAUGAGGUAACCACCCCUUUUCCUGGCAUACUGGAUCCCUUACCAGUAAGAACUAAAAACGGCACUAGUGGAAAAGACUGUACUACCAAGUCAACUCUCGACAAGGACUCCCUCAAUCCUAGUUCUCUCCUGGCUGCCAUGAUGCAACAGGAUGAGUCUAUUUACCUCUAUCCUGCUUCAACUACUUCAAGCACUGCACCUUUUGAAAGAAAUUUUUUUAACCAACCUGUGAGUGAAUGCAGUAAUUGGCAAAACAAUAUCGCACCAAUGGGAAAUGUUAAUAUCCUGAAACAUGAGCAAAUCGAUCAGCCUCAGGAAAUGAAUCCGGCAUUCUCUGGUGGUCACACACAGCUCUUUCAAGAUAAAAAUAAUGACUUGUACAGCAUUAUGAAAAACCUAGGCAUUGAUUUUGAGGAUAUCAAACACAUGCAGAAUGAAAAAUUUUUCAGAAAUGACUUUUCUGGUGAGGUUGACUUCAGAGACAUUGACUUAACAGAUGAAAUCCUAACAUAUAUCCAAGAUUCUUUAAAUAAGUCUACCAUCAUGUGUUCAGAUUACCAACAGCAACAGUCCAUGGCUCUUAACUCAAGCUGUAUGGUACAGGAACACCUACAGUUAGAACAGCAGCAGCAGCAGCAACUACAGCAUCACCAAAAGCAAGUAGUGGUGGAGCCGCAGCACCAACUGUGUCAGAAAAUGAAGCAUAUGCAAGUUAAUGGCAUGUUUGCAAACUGGAACUCCAACCAAUCUGUGCCUUUCAGUUGUCCUGAGCAAGACCUACAACAGUAUAAUGUCUUUUCAGACUUACAUGGGACCAAUGAGGAGUUUCCCUACAAAUCGGAGAUUGAUUCUACUAUACCUUAUACACAGAACUUUAUUUCCUAUAAUCAGUCUGUGUUACCACAACAUUCCAAAUGUACAGAGUUAGACUUUCCUAUGGGGAGUUUUGAACCAUCCCCAUACCCCACUACUUCUUCUAAUUUAGAAGAUUUUGUCACUUGUUUACAAGUUCCUGAAAACCAGAAGCACGGAAUAAAUCCACAGUCAGCCAUAGUAACUCCUCAGACAUGUUAUGCCGGGGCGGUGUCCAUGUACCAGUGCCAGCCGGAACCUCAGCACACCCACGUGGAUCAGAUACAGUACAAUCCAAUCAUUCCAGGCCAGCAGGCAUUUUUAAACGAGUUUCAGAAUGGAGGAGUUGUAAAUGAAACAUAUCCAGCUGAAUUAAAUCUCAUAAAUAACAGUCAGACUACCCCGCAUCUUCAGCCACUUCAUCAUUCAUCAGAAGCCAGACCUUUUCCUGAUUUGGCAUCCAGUGGAUUCUUGUAAUUCCAAGGCAAUUUUGACCUUGGUUUUUGGAUUAAAUUAGUUUGUAAUGGAUUAUGGAGUAAUAUUAAUAAAAUUGUUAAUGUUGGACAUCAGCAAGUUCACAUGGAGGCAUUGAUGCAUGUUGUUCAUACUUAGUUUCAAGCUAAAUUUUAAUAUUUGUUUUUAGAAAAGGAAUUUAAUAUCAAAAUGAUAUAUACUGUAGUCAUUAAAGUAGAAAGUGUGCUGCCACGGAGUAGUGAGAUAUCUACAUUUCACAUUAUUCUGAGUACCAAAAAAUAUGCAAAAUUUAUUGAGAAGAACUUUGACUUUUAAACUACAAAACUUUCUCUAUUUGAAUUAUUUCUGUCAGAAUAAAAAUGAAAACUUUGAGUUUUGAACUUCUGGAUUCUUAAUAGUUCAUAGAAUACAAAGUCACAAAACUAUUUUCUUAUUUUAGCCUCUGCUCUUAUCUCAGAUGUUAAAUGGUUUGGUGCUUUUUAUAAAAAAAAAAUCUCAGUGCUUUCCUCCUUCACUGUUAAUCUAAGUGCCUCACAUUUUUUUCUACCUAUAACACUGUAGGAUGUAUAUUUUAUAUAAAAUAUUUUUUCUUUUUUAAACUGAUAACAUUCUUUUGCACACAAAUAUUAUUUGUAUUUCCUAAAUCCAGUCAUUUUUAUUAAUUCAGGCAUGUUUUAACACUCACCUUUCUUCAGGUAAAGGGCAAAUAAUGAGUGAAAAGAUAAUUAUUUAUUAUAUAAUCUAAUUGCUUCUAGACUUCAAAUGUUGGUAUGUGCCUUAUGUUGAAAAAUUUAAAAGUAAAAUUUCUUUCCAAAUUCUUAAUUAUAAAAUAAAUAUUAAGACAGUAGCACUUAAAUUUCAACAGUGUUUUCAGAAGAGAUAUACCACUGUUUAUUGAAAUCUCCAUGAUGAUGGUUGCAUGUUGCAAUGUGAAAAAUCUGAAACAUGUUUAUUAAAUUGCAAUGAAGAGAAGCAGUUUUAUUUCUAGCUUUUUAAUUAAGCAAAGCACCCAUUUCAAUGUGUAUAAAUCAUCUUUAAAAACUGUUUUAGAUCUAUAAUCCUUUAGGAUAUAUUAUGUUGACUUUAUAAAUUUCACUUCGUAGUACAGUGGAAAUUUUGUUUUUCUCAUAUUUGAGGAGUGUUAAGAUUGAAGAUAACGAUGUUUGGUGCAAAGUAUUGUAAUGAGUGAAAUUAAUGGUGCAUCGUAUAGAUAUAAAGAACAAAAUUAUUUGUAAAAUACUUUCAAUUUUUCAUUUUAAAAUAGUCCGUACCUUGUAUAUGCACUUACAUAAUUGUUUGGGUUUUGCAUAUUUUAUCAGUGUCUUUCUAAGAAAUGAAACAAUCAGACUGUUUAUAAGUUGGUAUUAAGAAAAAGACAACCACACUAUUCAUUUACCUUCAGAUAUUAGGUUGUCUUUAUGAUAUAGUGACCUUUAUUACCAAUAAGGCAAAUUAUCACCCUACUAAUUUUAUAGUUCUGAAAUGAUUUAAAAGUAAAAAUACCAUCAUCUGCCAUUCUCUUAUUUAAAUAUGAUAUCCGAAGGGCAGAGAUGCAUUUUGCAUAUAUUAUUUAAAAAUCUGAUGGAAUCCCAAACUGAGAUGUAGUAUUAAAAUACAUUUUUCAUUUCUUUCUUUUUUAGUAAAUUAAUGUAUAUAAAAGUGGCUUCAAAUGAAAUCUCUGUCAGUUCUGUGUACGUUCAGUCAAAACUUUGAAUCUGUAGAAUCAGUUUAAGUGUUGAAAAAAAAAAUUGUCUAAAACAUUUCAUAAUUUGUUUCCAGCAUGAGAUAUCACUAAGGAUUUAGACCAGUGGUCUAGAUUAAUUGUCUAUUUUUACAUUUAAACUCUCAUUAAAAGUCUUCAUAUAAACCAUUUUUGUUAGUCUCUUCCACAUGUUAUUGGGUAAAUUGUUUAGUGGAAAAAUAGGCUUUUUAAAUUGUGAAUAUAAUGACAAUCAACUAUACACUUAUAAAAUUAAGUUUUUAAAGCAAUAUUGUAUAUUUUUAUCUAUAUAAAGUAACUAAAAUAUAUCUAAGAAUAAUAAAAUCACAUUAAACCAAAUACA